AUGGGGGGGGACCGGGAGUCCGAGGCAGCUGGAGCUACCGGCACGGGUGGUAAUUGCUGUCCAGUAAGUAGGCAACCUAGGUACCCCCAUGUGUGCGCGUGCCCACUGCGGCACCAGCGGUACCAUGGAUGGCAGGCGGCCAGCUCCAUCCAGCUUCGCACCUCAGUGCUCCUUAAGGGCCCGCAGGCAGCCGUUGCAGACUGCUUUCCCAGCGGGCGGCGCAGGCCCCCUCGGCGCCGACGGCAUUGCAGCCUGACGGGUCCCCGUCCACGGUAG